GUCAAAACCAUGGAGAAGAACCACUGGAUUUGUCUUGCUCCGUAUCAAUGGCCUCACGCAAUUACUCAUUAUACAAUUAUCCGAGAAGCCCACUUGAAGUUAUCGGCAUCUUUGGGGAGAAACGAAGGGAACCCAGGAGUGGAGUAGACUCUGAGACACUUUGGGGCUCUGCGUUUGGUGUGCUUUGGAGGUGGUGUCGGUGCGGAGAUGGGUGUGAGGGUUUCUAAAAAAACCGACAGUUUUAUCCGACCCGAACCAGUCCGAGUCGGAUCGGAUUGUUUCUGGUUUAGCUGGUUCAUGGGUAACCUCGGUUCGGGCCAAUAUAUUGCUUGGACGGGUCAUUGCACAGGCCUAGUUGUCAAGGAAGUAGCAAAAUAUUUGCAUUGCAGCUGUGACAAAUUCAACCGAGUCUCCUUCCCCUAAGUGGAAAAGGGAAAAAGUUAACUCUGUGUGUUAGGAUAAGGAAUAUAAUUGUUGUUUCUGCAAUCUUUUGAUUGACAUUUCCAUCUUAAGUUUUAGGAAUAAAAUUCCUUUUUUUUUUUUUGAAAGACAGCGUGGACUUCAUACGACCGUUUUAUGUUCACACAAAUAAAUAAAAUCGGGGGGUAGUCGGUCAAUUUAUAGGAAGUGAUAUACCUUAAAAUCUUACAUCUUAUAACCAUCCUUACUUUCUUACAAAUAACUUAAGGGUUGGCUACAUAAAUUUGUUGUAACAAGCUGUUCACCUGCCCUUCAAAGAGAGAGAAUCCUUGCACUUGUAUAAAGAGAUUACAUUGCACUGCGAUACAGAUAAAUCUUUUCACACUGACUUUGAUUGACUUACCAAUUACAACAAGAGAACGUGGUUGUCCAUCACACAUACAGCUAUAAAGAACACAUAGUCCACAUCAUCGUACGAAACUUAUGCAAUGCAAUGGAUAAAUGCUUUACUUCCUAGUUCCAAGUUCAGUUGUUGUAAUCAGGAGCCAAAAAAAAAAAAAAAAAAAAAUACUAAAGUUUUGAGGUUUUUUCUUCUUCUUUACAUCGUGCUUGAUUCCCGAAUAGAAAAAUGGGAAAUGAAAUAAUAAAGAAAUUUUUUUUUAUCAUAUUCACACACUAUAUAAUAUAUAUCUUAUAUAUAUAUUUUUUAAUUUUUAUAUUUUUUUCUUUUAUCAUAAAUGACUGCGACUCCCUCCGCCAACCUCAUUAUUACAAUCCUUACCCUUCUACUUCUGGCUCGAGGAAAAAAGAAACCUCGACGAAAAGACGCUCGUGUGUUGUACUGCAGACUCCAGAGUACAACCUUGUGAGUUGUGAACCAACUUUGACCCACUCUUCCUUUUCCUUUUUCUUUUGCUUUUGUUGCUUUCCGACAAUCCCGUACAUCGUCGAAGGUCUCAAAGAAGCGAGAGGAAACCUACUGGCUAAGUAAUGCGAACAGUAUUCACUAGAAUAUAUGGUCUGAUCAAAAUGCUCAAAAUGCAAGUUAGGUUCGUUGAACCAAGGGCCUUUUGAGGUUUGAUUUGAAGAAUUUCUUAUAUUCGAGUAAGGUAUUAGCUUAGGUGGAACUCUUGACUGCUUCUACAUGUGUAGUGGUUGAUUUAUUGAAUGCUAUUGUUAUGCAUGAGUUUGACACAUGCAACUGCGUCUCUAAUGUGAUCUAGAAAUAAGAUAUGGGUGCCGAUAGUGCAUUGGAGCAUGUUCUCAGGGAAAUACUUCGAGUGGUCCAGCCCCUGCAUGAGGAUCAGGUGAAACGGUAUCAAGUUAUUGAUGAACUGCGAAGAGUCAUCGAAUCUGUGGAAAGCUUGAGAGGUGCAACAGUGAAGCCGUUUGGUUCAUUUGUUUCCAGUCUGUUCACAAGAUGGGGUGACUUGGAUAUUUCUAUUGAUUUGCCCAAUGGUUCUUGUAUUUCAUCUGCUGGGAAAAAUCGCAGAAAGAAAUUGCUGGGAGAUGUACAGAUAGCUUUGAGACAGAGAGGUGGAUGGCGAAAGUUGCAAUUGAUCCCUAAUGCAAGAGUUCCAAUUCUAAAAUUUGAGAGUGGCCACCAAAGCAUCUCUUGUGAUAUGUCGAUUGAUAACAUACAGGGCCAAAUCAAGUCCACACUCUUGUUUUGGAUCAGUGAGAUAGAUGGGCGCUUUCACGAUAUGGUUUUACUGGUCAAGGAAUGGGCAAAAGCACAUGGCAUAAAUAAUUCAAAAGCUGGGACCUUCAAUUCAUACUCUCUCUGUCUGCUUGUGAUCUUUCAUUUUCAGACUUGUGUCCCUGCAAUAUUACCACCUCUCAAAGAUAUUUACCCGGGAAAUAUUGUCAAUGAUCUUCGAGGUGUGAGGACUAAUGCAGAGAUACGCAUUAAGGAAAUAUGUGCCGCUAACAUAAGAAGGUUCAGACAAGACAAGUUCAGGCGAGUGAAUCGAAGUUCUUUGUCUGAACUUUUCAUUUCAUUCCUUGAAAAGUUUGUUGACACAAGAUUGACGGCAUCAGAGCUAGGAAUUUGUCCCUUUACAGGCCAGUGGGAGCGCAUAGACAGCAAUAUGAGAUGGUACCCCAAAACUUACACGAUACUUAUUGAGGAUCCAUUUCAGCAGCCAGAAAAUUCCGCAAGGGCAGUUAACAUGAGUAAAUUGACACUAAUAUCUGAAGCAUUCCGGAGGACUUACCGGACCCUUAUUUCUGCCAAUCAGAAUAAGGGUUCGCUCAUAGCAGCAUUAGUUGGACCAGAAGUAUCACAAAGUAUUAUUCCAAGACCACCUGUUUGGAACCCAAAUCACAAUGGCGGGCACCAUCAGUCCCACCCAACUCGUCCACAGGUGCACAGGAGCUUGCACACAAUCUCACAAGCUCAACAUCAAUUUCAGAACUUGAGGUUAGGAAGCCCGUCCAACAUUAUAACCCGGCAGAAUCACAAUCAAGGCCAGCAAAUGCGGAGACCAAGAUUUGAUGGAUACAUUGGAUAGUUUGGUUGUUACGCUUGAAAGUUGUAAUUAGCACCAACUUGUUCUGAUGUUUCCCAGGAUACGAUUGUUGGAUGUUAUAUGCUGGACCCCCGCCAAAUCUAUUGUGAAGCGAAUAUGUAAUUGACUUGUUUGAAUCUUUUAUGGUCUCUUAAUCAAAAGUCAACGUUCAUCCAAA